AGUAAAGCCUGCUCCAAACUUCUCAGCUGUUGACAGGCUUGACUUGCUGAGAACACUGGUUAAAUAUAGCACAAGUGAGCUGAGCUCAACAGUCAUUGCUGUAACAGUGUGUGAAGAGACCAGAAGAGGGGAAAUACAAUCUGAGAACUAAACUGCCAAAGCCUAACACCACCUAGCAACAGUUGAAAAAACUUUUAAACAAAGUCUGAGUGAAACACAGAGAGAGCAUACCUCUUAUUUCUCCUGACUGGGAUUUCUCUGGGAAGAAACUACGUUCCUCUUCUGCUCUCUACCCUAUUUCCUGCAUUACUUCAGCUGCUGGUAGACCUUGAAAAGUGGAAAAAGCUUAUCUCUGGUUCUUUUGGGCUGGAUGUGAAAACUGGCUGGGAACUGUGUAGUACUGUGGGGCAAGUUACUGUGAUCUUCUAGGAGUAAACUGUCACUAUAAAGGAUAUAAUCCAAGGUACUUACUGCUGUCAGGUAGGGAUGAGAUCCCGAAACCAAGGUGGGGAAAGCUCAUCCAGUGGGCAUUAUUCCAGUUCUAAGCCUGUCAUUAACAAUGCAGAGAAUGAAAGUUUUCAGGAAGAUGCCAGGAAAAAGAACAAGUCCAAUCGGAAGGAAGAUGAAGUUAUGGUAUCAGCAACUGUCAAAAGACACUCAAAAUCACCUGGUUCCAGUGAACGGAAGAAGAAGAAAUCAAUUGAACUUUCUAAGGAGGACUUGAUCAAGCUCCUCAGUAUAAUGGAAGGAGAACUGCAGGCCAGGGAAGAUGUGAUCCAGAUGCUGAAGACAGAGAAGACCAAACCUGAAGUUUUAGAAGCUCAUUAUGGAUCUGCAGCUCCAGAGAAUGUCCUAAGAGUAUUACACAGAGAUGCUAUCCUUGCCGAAGAAAAAUCCAUAGGAGAAGAUGUCUAUGAGAAACCUAUUUCAGAGCUGGACAGACUUGAAGAAAAGCAGAAGGAGACUUACCGACGCAUGUUGGAACAGCUCCUGCUGGCAGAAAAGUGCCACCGGCGCACAGUUUAUGAGCUGGAAAAUGAGAAGCAUAAGCAUACGGAUUACAUGAACAAGAGUGAUGACUUUACCAACCUCUUGGAGCAGGAGCGUGAAAGGUUAAAGAAGCUUCUUGAACAGGAAAAGAUCUAUCAAGCCCGGAAGGAGAAAGAAUAUACAAAGAGACUCAAUAAAUUAAGAGAAGAACUAGUUAAACUCAAAUCAUUUGCACUCAUGCUGGUGGAUGAAAGACAAAUGCAUAUUGAACAGCUUGGUCAGCAAAGUCAGAAAAUACAGGAUCUUACUCAGAAACUAAAAGAAGAAGAAGAAAAGCUUAAAGUUAUUAGUUCAAAAACAAAAGAAGAUGGACAAAAACUGAUGAAGUUAGAAGCAGAACUUGAACACAAGACAUCAACAUUUUCUCAAGAAAAUGAGGAGAUGACUGCUAAACUGGCUAAUCAAGAAUCGCAUAAUAGACAGCUCAGGCUUAAGUUGGUUGGUUUGACUCGCAGAAUAGAAGAGCUGGAAGAAGCCAACAAAAACCUUCAAAAAUCUGAAGAAGAACUACAGGAAUUAAGAGAUAAAAUAGCAAAAGGGGAAUGUGGGAACUCUAGCUUGAUGGCCGAGGUGGAGAACCUUCGCAAGCGUGUGCUUGAAAUGGAGGGCAAAGAUGAGGAGAUCACAAAAACUGAAUCCCAGUGCAGAGAGCUGAAGAAGAAACUGCAAGAGGAAGAACACCAUAGCAAAGAGUUGAAACUUGAAGUGGAAAAAUUGCAGAAGAGAAUGUCAGAACUGGAAAAGCUGGAGGAGGCUUUCAGUAAAAGCAAGUCUGAUUGUACCCAGCUGCAUUUAAACCUGGAGAAAGAAAAAAAUUCAACCAAAGACUUGAUAAUGGAGCUAGAUACAAUGAAGACCCGAGUGAAAGACUUGGAAUCUUCAGAAAGUAGAUUGGAAAAGGCUGAGUUAAGCUUAAAAGAUGACCUUACAAAGCUGAAGUCAUUUACUGUCAUGCUGGUUGAUGAAAGAAAAAAUAUGAUGGAAAAAAUAAAACAAGAAGAAAAAAAAGUUGAAGGUCUGAACAAGAAUUUUAAGGUGGAACAAGGCAAAGUUAUGGAUGUGACUGAGAAACUGAUAGAGGAAAGUAAGAAAUUUUUGAAACUGAAGUCUGAAAUGGAGGAAAAAGUGUCCAAUUUGACAAAGGAAAGAGAUGAGUUAAUCAGCAAACUGAAAAAUGAAGAAGAAAAAUCCUCUGAACUGAAUUGUAGAAUUGAUCUGCUGCAGAAGAGAAUUGAUGGUAUAGAGGAAGUAGAAAGAGAAAUAGCAAGAGGUCGAGCCAGAAAAGGACUAGAACAAACUUGCCAUGAGGAUAACAAGAUUAAGGAACUAACCACUGAAAUUGAAAGACUUAAAAACCGUCUCAAGCAAUUGGAAGUGGUUGAAGGAGAUUUGAUGAAGACAGAGGAUGAGUAUGAUCAGCUGGAGCGGAAAUUUAAGACUGAGCAGGACAAAGCCAACUUCCUGUCUCAGCAACUGGAGGAAAUGAAGCUCCAGAUUGCUAAAAACAAAGCAAUAGAGAAGGGUGAAGCUGUGAGUCAGGAAGCAGAGCUGAGGCACAGGUUUCGGUUAGAGGAGGCCAAAAGCAGAGAUUUGAAAGCAGAAGUGCAAGCUCUGAAGGAAAAAAUUCAUGAGUUGAUGAACAAAGAAGACCAACUUUCCCAGCUCCAAGUUGAUUAUUCAGUUCUUCAGCAGCGGUUUAUGGAAGAAGAAAAUAAGAACAAAAGCAUGGGGCAGGAGGUCCUAAGCUUAACAAGAGAGUUAGAGCUUUCUAAGCGAUACAGCCGUGCCCUGAGACCAAGUAUAAAUGGCAGAAGAAUGGUAGAUGUUCCUGUGACAUCCACUGGAGUGCAAACUGAUGCAGUAAGCAGUGAAGCAGCAGAAGAAGAAACUCCAGCUGUGUUCAUAAGGAAAUCCUUUCAAGAGGAAAAUCAUAUCAUGAGUAACCUGAGACAGGUAGGCCUGAAGAAACCCAUGGAGCGCUCAUCUGUGCUUGAUAGGUAUCCCCCAGCAGCAAAUGAGCUUGGAAUGAGGAAAUCUUGGAUACCAUGGAUGAGAAAGAGAGAAAAUGGACCCCAGACAACUCAUGAUAAAGGAACACGAACACAUGGCAGUCCAGAACAUCCUGGGGAGGUUGUACUUUCACCAAAACAGGGACAGCCUCUUCAUAUUAGGGUGACUCCAGAUCAUGAAAACAGUACAGCUACUUUGGAAAUUACCAGUCCAACAUCUGAAGAAUUCUUUUCAAGUACCACAGUCAUCCCUACCUUGGGAAAUCAGAAACCACGGAUUACCAUCAUUCCCUCUCCAAAUGUUGUAGCCCAAAAGGCAAAGAGUAGUGAGAGCACAAUGGGUCCAGAGCGUGCUAUGUCACCUGUUACUAUAACUACUUUCUCCAGAGAAAAGUCCUCAGAGGGAGGGAGAACUCCGUUUAUGGAUAGACCCACAUCCCCCAUUCAGAUUAUGACAGUGUCUACGUCUGCAGCACCAGCAAAAAUCUCUGUCUCUCCAGAAUCACAAGAUAUGACCAUGGGAAGGGCUGUCUUCAAGGUAACACCAGAAAAACAAACUGUCCCGACACCAAUCCGGAAGUACAAUGCCAAUGCCAACAUUAUAACCACAGAAGACAACAAAAUACACAUCCACUUAGGUUCUCAGUUCAAACGCUCUCCUGGUGCCACUUCUGAGGGUGCAAGUCCUGUGAUAACAGUCAGACCAAUGAAUGUAGCAGCAGAAAAAGAGGUUAUGACUGGUACUGUCCUUCGUUCCCCCAGGAACAAUCUAUCCUCAAGGUCAGGAGCAAGUAAAGUAACAAGCAGCAUCACUAUAACUCCAGUUACAACAUCCUCCACACGAGGAACCCAGUCAAUGACAGGACAGGAUGGGUCAUCACAGAGACCUACACCCACCCGCAUUCCUGUGUCAAAAGGUAUGAAAGCAGGAAAACCAAUAGUGGCAGCCCCAGGAGCAGGAAAUGUGACAAAAUUCGAGCCUCGUGCCGAGACUCAGUCAAUGAAAAUAGAACUGAAGAAAUCUUCAGCCAACAGCUCUACCUCCCUGGGCGGGGGGAAGGGCUGAGGGCAGUGACUAAGGGGGUAUGUUGUGCAGGUUUUACUGCUACCAUGAAAAUCGGACCCCUGUCUGUUACUUGCUAGUGUUUGCAUAUACUAAUUACAUCCUGAAGCUGUCACUCAUAACAAACUAAUAAAUGUGCAUCUUGACUAUUGAAUUUAACAACAUCCUCUUGUUUCCAUACUGGGGUUAGAAUAGUAGUUUUACACUGGUUGUAUGCUAGUAAUAUAUUUCAGCCAGUUAAGUUAGGUUGAGCAAUCUCAUUUAGAUAUUCAUCUAAUUCAGGGGUUCUUUAACUUAUUUGUAGUGGAGGUCCCUUUUUAAUAGAUUAUCUUGUGGCACUGCCUUCUGCCAAUUCACUAUUGCAUGGACCACUUUCAUUGCCAAUCAUGAUCACAUAACAUUCUUCAGGCAACUAAAGCAACUGCUUGUUUAGGGAAGUAAUGAUAGCAAAGCAGUAAACCAUAUUUUCUCACAUAUAGCCCGCCCACGAUCCAGCGUGUGCCUAAUCCAAGUACAUAACACACACCCAGCAUGGAACACUGAGUCCAACCCUACGUGCUGGCUUGAUCCAACCUGCCAUGUCUGGCCCAUGUGCCAGGUCUAAGGCCGCAUGCUGGCUCUGUACCCCCACUCCCCCCACACAUCAGUGCAGUCUAUUCUAUGAGAUCUGGGGCUCACUGAGUGACCCUGUGUGCUAACCUGAUCUGGUGCAUGGGCCCAUGUCAUCCAGCCAGGGAGUUCCUCAGAGGUCCAGAAAUUUGGCAGUGGGGAGUGGUGGCAGCAUGCAUUACUGUGGCUCAGGGAGUCAUGGAAAUGAAUGCUGUCACCACUUCCUCACUGCCAAAUGUUUGGAUCCCUUGGGAUCUGUAUUUCUCAUGUGUAAUGCACAUACUAAUUUUCCCCAGCUGGCCUGGGGGAAAGCCAUAUAUGUGUUUUAUGCAAGAAAAUAUGGCAUUUGCAGUUCUUUUUAAAUAAGGCCUAGUGGCUAGAAAA